AUGUUGGUUCACUUCUGGCUUCUUUGCAGCCUGAGUGCUGUUGUGACCCCUCAGGAUGUCACACAACAAGCCCAAACGUUUUUAGUAGAGUUUAACAGGAGGGCAGAAGAUAUCAGCUAUGAGAACUCCAUUGCCUCAUGGAACUACAACACCAACAUCACUGAGGAGAAUGCCAAUAAAAUGAGCGAGGCGGGCGCCAGGUGGGCCGCGUUUUACGACGAGGCCUCCAGGAAUGCCAGCAAAUUCCCAGUGGACAGCAUCACGGAUGAACUCACCAAGCUCCAGAUCCAGAUUCUCCAGGAAAAAGGAUCAUCUGUGCUAUCACCAGAAAAGUAUAACAGACUGGGCACUGUGCUCAAUACAAUGAGUACCAUCUACAGCACUGGGACCGUCUGUAAAAUCAACAAUCCAUCGGAGUGCUUGGUGCUGGAGCCAGGUCUGGAUGCUAUUAUGGCUGACAGCACUGAUUAUAAUGAGAGACUGUGGGCCUGGGAAGGCUGGAGAGCUGAUGUUGGCAAAAUGAUGAGACCAUUAUAUGAAGAGUAUGUUGAACUUGAAAAUGAGGUUGCAAGGCUUAAUGGUUAUUCUGACUACGGAGACUACUGGAGAGCAAAUUAUGAAGCAACGUCUCCAGAAAAUUACAAAUACAGCCGUGACCAGCUGAUUGAAGAUGUGGAGAAGACAUUUGAGCAGAUAAAACCUCUGUAUGAGCAGCUGCAUGCCUAUGUGAGAUACAAGCUGGAGCAAGUGUAUGGCCCUGAGCACAUCAGCUCCACUGGAGGCCUGCCUGCUCACUUGCUGGGUGAUAUGUGGGGUAGAUUCUGGACAAAUCUGUAUGCCUUGACUGUUCCCUAUCCAGCCAAACCAAACAUCGAUGUAACUUCUGCAAUGGUUGAAAAGAAAUGGGAUGAAAUUAAAAUAUUCAAAUCUGCUGAGGCCUUCUUUGUUUCCAUUGGCCUUCAUAGCAUGACUGAGGGCUUCUGGAAUAACUCCAUGCUCAUAGAGCCGACCGAUGGCAGGAAGGUUGUUUGCCAUCCUACAGCAUGGGACCUGGGCAAAAACGAUUACAGGAUCAAGAUGUGCACCAAAGUGACCAUGGAUGACUUCCUGACAGCACACCACGAGAUGGGGCACAUCGAGUACGAUAUGUCCUACGCAGUGCAGCCCUACCUGCUGAGGAGCGGGGCCAACGAGGGCUUCCACGAAGCUGUGGGGGAAAUUAUGUCACUCUCUGCAGCCACGCCCCAGCACCUGAAAUCCCUUGAUCUGCUAGAGCCAACUUUCCAAGAUGAUGAAGAAACUGAAAUCAACUUUCUGCUCAAACAAGCACUAACCAUUGUUGGAACAAUGCCUUUUACUUACAUGCUGGAGAAGUGGAGGUGGAUGGUGUUUCGGGGUGAGAUUACAAAGCAGGAAUGGACCAAACGGUGGUGGGAGAUGAAGAGAGCCAUAGUUGGUGUUGUGGAGCCAGUCCCUCACGAUGAAACCUACUGCGACCCUGCCGCGCUGUUUCACGUGGCCAAUGACUACUCCUUCAUAAGGUAUUACACCCGCACCAUCUAUCAGUUCCAGUUUCAGGAGGCACUUUGCAAGGCAGCCAACCAUGUUGGCCCUCUUCACAAAUGUGACAUUACCAACUCCACUGCAGCUGGGCAGAAGCUCAGAGAAUUGCUGGAAUUGGGGAGAUCCAAGCCCUGGACUCAAGCACUGGAAAGUAUAACAGGAGAGAAAUACAUGAAUGCAGCCCCCCUGCUCCACUACUUUGAACCUUUAUAUGAGUGGCUGAAAAAAAACAAUUCUGGAAGAUUCAUUGGCUGGAAAACAGACUGGACACCAUAUUCCAGCAAUGCCAUCAAAGUGCGCAUCAGCCUGAAGUCAGCUCUGGGGGACAAGGCGUAUGAAUGGGAUGAAAGCGAGCUCUUCUUGUUCAAGUCAUCUGUUGCCUAUGCCAUGAGGAAAUACUUUGCAGAGAAGAAGAAGCAGAAAGUUGCCUUCGACGUUACAGACAUUCAUGUUGGGGAAUUGACAAAAAGGAUCUCCUUCUACAUUACUGUCAGCAUGCCAGGUAAUAUCAGUGAUAUUGUGCCCAAAGCUGACGUGGAAGGUGCCAUCAGUUUGUCUCGAGGACGAAUGAACGAGGCUUUCAGACUCGAUGACAGUACCCUGGAGUUUGUGGGAAUCCUUCCAACCCUGGCUGCCCCUUAUGAACCACCAGUAACCAUCUGGUUAAUUGUAUUUGGGGUGGUCAUUGGUCUGGUUGUCGUUGGAGCUAUUGCCUUGAUCGUCACUGGGCUGAGAGAUCGCAAAAAGAGAGCAAGAGAAAGCAGAGGGGAAGCAGGAUCAAAUCAUGAAGAGAUGAACCCUUAUGCUGAAGAGGGAAAAAGAAACCUGGGCUUUGAGCCAGCUGAAGAGACACAAACAUCAUUUUAA